AGGAAAUAUUGAACCAGUUCGUCCACUUAAGAACAGAAGGUGAUUAAGGCAGAGGAGCAGGUUGUACAGAAGAUCUGAGCUGGUUCCUGAAUCCUGGAGUGGGACACCAAUAAUGGCUUUUACUCCAAUAAAGACUGAGGAUGAAUCCUCAGUGAGGAUCCUCAGUUUGCAGAAAGGCCAUGCAAAGAAGAUUGAUGGACUUCACCAAACAAAAAAGCAAUGGGUACACAGAAAGAUCUUCCCGAUUACCCUGGAAGCUGAUCUCAGAUGCGGGUCAAUAAUCAAGCAAAGCAGGUUCCACCAGGUGAGAUACACGGACCCCCAACCUAGGUGGAAUCAGUGGGAGAUGCCAUUCUUUGCUGGAUCUCAGUGAAGGAAGAACACCUUCUCCAGCUGCGAUUGAGGUACAGGAGAUGGGUCUGACUCUCAGUGUUAAUUUUGAAGCUCAGCUCAGGUGCUGCAUAUGUCUGGAUGUCUUCACCAGCCCAGUCUCCACUCCAUGUGGACACAAUUUUUGCCAGGCUUGUUUACAAGGCUACUGGGACAGAUGUGAUCGCUAUAGCUGUCCACUGUGCAAAACGAUUUUUGACGAAAAGCCAAAACUGAGUAUCAACUGUAGCUUCUCUGAAAUAACUGAAUUAUUCAAGGAGUCAAGACAAGCAACCUGUUCCAAGAUGGAGCUGGAAAGGACCAGAGCUGAUAUUCAAAAGUUUAUUCAGGAAAGAUGGAAGAAGCUGGAGGAGAUCCAGAAAUCAGUUGAGCUCAGCAAGAUCAACUCCAGGAGGGUCAUCGAGGACAGUAUCCAAGCCUUCACUACCCUGGUGGGUUCCAUUGUGAGGAGCCAGAUAGAGUUCGUUGAGAAGGUGCAGGAGAAGCAAAAGGCAGAGGAGACGAGGGCAGAUGGGUUCAUCAAAGAGUUGGAGAAGGAGAUGACGGAGCUGCAGAAGAGAAACGUUGAGUUAGAGCAACUCUGGCACACUGAGGACCUCAUACACUUCUUACAGAGAUCACCUAUGCUGUGCACCUCCCCACGUGAACAGGACUGGACCGAGGCCACCGUUCACGCUGAUGUCGGUGUAGGGACAGUGAGAUGUGUCACGUCUGGACUGAAAAGGGCAUUUAAAGAAACUGAGAAUUUCUUCUCUGCGGCAGAGUUCCAGAGAAUGCAGCUGCAUGCAGUUGACGUGACGCUGGACCCAAGCACGGCAAACCCUUGGCUCGUCUUGUCUGAGGAUGGGAAGCAGGUUUGGGAUGGUGACACUCAGUUGCAUCUCCCGGACUGCCCUAAGAGGUUCGACAGCUCCGUCUGUGUCCUGGCGAAGGAGGGCUUCACCACAGGGAGGCACUACUGGGAGGUGGAAGUGGGAGAAAAGGUAGCCUGGGACAUUGGGGUGGUCAGAGAGACAGUCAACCGGAAAGGCAUCAUCAGUGCCAACCCCGAGGAUGGCUAUUGGACCAUGUGUCUUCGCCACAGCAACAUGUACAGUUGUUGUGGGACCUGUUGUUUUUCCCUGCCCCCAAACAGGCGGCCCCGGAAGUUAGGGGUGUAUCUAGAUUAUGAAGAGGGUCAGAUUUCCUUUUAUAAUGUCGAUGUCCAAUCUCACAUGUACACACAUCGUCACACUUUCACAGAGCGCCUCUACCCAUUUUUCAGUCCGUACACGAACGACGACGGGCCUAAUACUGCCCCGCUGGUCAUUUCUCCUGUCAGGAUGGCAGCUCAGUGAAGCAUGGGAGGGGCAUCAAAUUUUAACUGCGAUGUCAAGUACCUGUAACCGGGUCGCUGGGAGGGGAAAUUAGCAGCCAUUCAAAUAUCACGGCGGGUAGGAGGGAAUUUCCUACAAUUUGACAAUCAAUAGUGCCAUUUCCACUGUCCCUGAGUACUUGGACUAAAUAGUGCGAAAGCCAUCUUACUAUAGCAUAAAAAGUGUGAAUCUCGUUUUAGCUAUAUGCCUUUGUAUAUUUUCAUAUCUGUUUUGUUUUCAUCUGAGACUCAUUUAUUAGAGAGGCUACAAGAUGGCCGACACUCAGUUAUACUCUUGGAACUCGCAAAACCAGUUCUAAUGACAGCUUAUCUCUGUUGCUGAAAAUGAAAACAAGAAACCUGAAGCUGAUAUGCUUCCUAGGAAUGUUUACUUCAGCAGUAACGUUAACAGGAAAACAACAUUUCCUAGGAAUUCUAAUUGUUUUACAUUCUUCUUUCCAAAGGUAUUUCCUCAUUCAUUUCUGCAGUAGAGGUCUCAUCUCUUAUUUUAAAACAUCUAUGUGUCAUUUACAAGACUUAAAGCAUGUCAAAAUAAACAUUAUGCUGGAAAAUGUUGCCUUAUGGCUGCCCUGGGCAAACAAAACAGUAUGGCGUAAUAAUUUUCCAUUACACAUGCUUGACUGUGAAUACAGAUUUCAGCUGCAUUGAUAAAUGUGAACAAAUAAGAAUGCGUGAAUAGAAAUGUUCAAGAAAACAAAUGUAUUAAUUAAGUAGGCAUUGCUGAAAUGUGAAGAUAUUUCCCCCGUAAAUGUGAUUCAGAAGUAUCAUUUGCAUCAUUUAUUCAAAUGUUGUUUAUGUAUUUUUUUUUCUUGUAUUUUAUUUUCUUAUUUUUAAUUUAUCAUUUUCCUUCGUCCAGCAUGGGGUCAUGAGCAGUCAGGGGCCUGUACUCUUUGCUGGAGAAUAGCAGUGAGCAUGAGGACUGAUCACACCAUACCUAAGACACACAAGGCCAUUGCAGGAUCAUGGUCUCCUUGUUCUUCCCCCAGACCAAAGAUAUGCAAUUGACUGGAGUCUUUAAAUGGUCCACACCAUUGUGUAAACUGCCCUGAGAUGGACUGGCACCCCGUCCAGGGUGUAUUCCAGCCAUGUGCCCUAUACUAUAUAGACUCCAGGUCCCCACAUAAUCCUGACCUGGAAAACAGGUUAAAAGAUGGAUGGAUGGAUGGAUGGAUGGAUGGAUCUCUUUCCUAUCCAUUCUUAUUUAUAUAUCUUCAACAGUUUUUUUGUCAAAAUCUCUCAAACCUGUACUGUAUUAUCCUCAAAAGCAAUUCUCACUUUACCGGUAGUAAUCAUGUAUUUCACCCUGAAUACGAGUUUAUGCUUUGUAUCUUACAGUAUAUGCCUUAUGUUGAUAAAGUUCACUGGACGGACAAUCAACAUAAAUCACUGGAUUUAUCAUUUGUAUUUGAUUUUGAAAGGCAAAAUAAAUCAUUCAAGAAUG